AUGAGAUCAUCUACAUUGAGUGUCUUUGAUUAUGUCGUUCUGGUAGUUCUAUUACUGCUAUCAGCUUUCAUUGGUAUCGUCUUUGGUUUUGUUAAAUCAAAGAAAGCAUCGUCUGAAGAGUUUUUCUUAGCCGAUGGAAAAAUGCACGUGUUUCCGACGGCACUAAGUAUUACGGUGUCGUUUCUAUCAGCUAUUACUAUACUUGGCACACCGAGUGAAGUAUACAUGUCAGGAACAAUGUUUUGGUAUCAAGCUGCUGCAUGGAGUAUUGCAUCGAUGAUAACAGCUUUUGUUUUCAUGCCAAAGUUUCGCGAAAUGAAAUUCACCAGCAUUUAUCAGUAUUUAGAGAAGCGUUUUGAUCAAUCAGUACGAACGUGCGCUUCUAUUACUUUCACGGUCUAUAUGUUUAUCUACAUGGCGUUAGUCCUGUACGCACCGGCACUGGCGCUGAGCCAAACUACGGGUCUGAAUAAAUGGCUUUCGGUGGUAUCUAUCAGUGUCGUUUGUACUUUUUAUUCAUCAGUGGGAGGGAUGAAAGCAAUUAUUUGGACGGAUGUCUUACAAGCAUUGGUUAUGUAUGCGGGUAUUUUUAUCGGUGUUAUACAAGGCUUAAUUUUAGUCGGUGGCUUCGAGCGAGCAUUUUCAAUUGCACAUCAAGGUCAUCGUAUUGAGUUUGACAAUAUAAGUUUUGAUCCACGAACACGCCAUACUGUUUGGUCACUUUUAGUUGGUAAUUCUUUCAAUGCACUGUUAACAUAUGGCUUCAAUCAAAUGCAGGUACAACGAUAUAUGUGUGUUCAAUCAACGCGAGAAGCACAAAAGGCUCUGCUUGUCAACAUAGUUGGUGUCACUAGUCUCAUUCUUCUUUCAUGUUUAAUGGGUGUUAUCCUGUAUGCCUACUAUGCCGGCUGUGAUCCGUACACAGCUGGUCGUAUUCAAAAUGUUGAUCAACUUUUGCCCUAUUUUAUUAUGGAAACAGUCGGACACAAGAAAGGUGUACCAGGUUUGUUCCUUGCUUGCGCAUUUUCCGGUUCGCUUUCCACCAUUUCAUCGGGACUCAAUAGUAUGGCAGCAGUGAUGAUUGAAGAUGUUUAUAAAGGAGUUAUGCGACGAAACUUGAGCAGAGAGCAUCAAGGUUUUGUAUCGAAAAUCGUUUCCAUGUGCAUUGGCCUGGUUAUCGUACUACUUACAUACUUUGUGAGCCAUCUGGGUUCUGUUAUCAAUGCUGCGAUAUCAUUAUCGAGUACUCUUUGUGGACCAAUCAUGGGUGUCUUCUUUCUUGGAUUUUUCUUUUCCAGGGCAAAUCGAUUAGGUGCACUGGUUGGAUUUUUUGUUAGUUUAGUCUUCCAAUUGUGGAUCUUUAUUGGUGUACAAGUAACAAAGCAUCAAUUGAGCAAUCAUCGAUUACCAUUAUCAAUACUCAAUUGUACAGAUAUUGGUACAUUACCUAUGUUAAACAGGACUACAUCAAUACCUAGACACGUAGAAUCUAAUGUAUUACUCAGUCUUUACUCGAUCAGUCAUAUGUGGUACACGCCUAUUGCUGUCGGUACUGUAGUUAUUGUUGGCAUUAUCGUAUCCUAUCUCUUUCAUCCAUUAAAACCAAAUGAAAUUGAUUCAAAAUUAAUUAUUCGGAUACAUGAUAUACGCGCGUAUUGUCGUUGGUCCAAGAAAGAACAAAAAUCCAACAAUUGUGUCGUUUUCAAUGCUGCUGACGAUAGACAAGAUAUGUUACUGUUCUAG